AUCGAAGCUUAUAGGCACAGAAGUUCUAAACAAAACAACUCUCAAUCAGAACCAGGUACCGGACUUGACCACAGACACACCUCCUCAAGAUUCACUUCUAUCGCAAGAAUAGGGGUCUACAGCAAACCCAAACAUGUCGAGAAAUAUCGACAAAAGCACCUCCCAUCACCUGGAGAGCAAGUAUUUCAGCAACCUUCGUUCCCACAACAAAAGCACCUCUGGGUAUUCGUUCCACGCUGUGCGGUACAAUCCUCGAAUCAUGAAAACUGCGCUUGCAGUGGCCAGUGAACUGUCCAAAUGCAGGUCCAGCCCAUCAGAUGUAGAUUGUGAGACGCAUGAGGACGGUCAGUCGAGGGACGAGCGGCCGUCGUGGAGCAGGAAAACCGACUUCAUUCUGUCUGUGAUCGGCUUUUCCGUCGACUUUACAACUCUCUGGAGAUUCCCCUACAUGUGUUACAAACACGGUGGAGGAGCUUUCCUUUUGCCAUAUCUCAUGAUGUUACUCAUCUUGGGGAUUCCCCUCUCCUACAUGGAGCUGGCUUUAGGGCAGUACCAGCACACCGGGGCGAUCAGUGUGUGGUUAAAAAUCUGUCCCAUGUUCUGUGGUAUUGGCUAUGGUGUUAUUGUCGUCGCUACGCUGGUCGGAUCUUAUUACAACACAAUGAUCGGAUGGUCCGUCUACUUUCUGAUAUCAUCAUUCCAGUCGGAGGUACCGUGGGGUCUGUGUAACCAGACAUGGAACACGCCAGACUGUGUCACGGCAGACAACAUUGGAGACGCCAGUAACACAAGCGUAUCGGCUGCAGAAGAAUUCUUUGACCGUCGGCUGUUGGAAAUACACCGAUCAACCGGACUAGCUGACCUGGGCCCAGUCAAAUUGUCGCUUGCUGCAUGUCUUCUUGGCGUGUUUAUCGUCAUCUACAUCUGUCUCUGGAAAGGAAUCAAAUACUCUGGACAGAUAGUGUGGGUGACGGCCACGACGCCUUACGUCAUCCUUACCAUGUUGCUGAUUCACGGCAUCACUCUGUCAGGAUCGCUGAGCGGGAUCCGACAGUUUCUCUACCCGACUUGGAACUCUCUCGUCACAUGGGAAGUGUGGACCGAUGCAGCCUCACAGAUUUUUCUGUCGCUUGGCCCUGGGUGCGGCGUUCUGUUAACACUGGCCAGUUACAACGGAUUACACAACAACUGUUUCAGGGAUGCCGUGAUAACCAGUCUUGCCAACUGUGCUGCAAGUCUACUGGCUGGUUUUGUUGUUUUCUCCGUGCUCGGCUACAUGGCGGAUCUACAGCACACCACAAUCGACAAGGUCGUAGUUGAUGGUCCUGGUCUGGUGUUUGUGGCGUACCCCCAGGUCAUCGCCACCUUCGCUGGAUCCCAUUUCUGGGCUGUCCUCUUCUUCUUCAUGCUCAUCGCGCUUGGUCUGGACAGCUCGUUUGGACGCUUGGAAUGUACGGUCAUGGCCAUGUGCGACCACUUUCCAAAUGUGAAAGCCAACAGACCGAUCGUGCUUGGAGUUCAACUGGGUCUCUGCUUCUUAAUUGGGCUUUCAACUGUAACUUAUGGAGGCGCCUACGUCGUCCAUUUCUUGGAUAACUACGCAGCGUCUGUUGCGUUGAUCUUCUUCUGUCUACUGCAAGUGGUGGCUGUCAGCUGGCUGUAUGGCUUUGACAAAUUCUCCAUUGACAUACACACUAUGUUGGGUUCUAAGCCUAGUAUAUUCUGGAAAGCGUGCUGGGUAUACAUGUGUCCAGUUACUCUGCUGGUGUUACUCGUUGUUAAGAUCAGAGGAUGUCCCAGGCUGGAACUCCGGGAUAUCCAAUACCCCGCGUGGUCGGUUUCUCUCGGUUGGUGCGUCACCUGUUCGUCAGUGUUGUGUGUCCCAGGAUUCAUGAUCUACUGGUUCAUCACAUCGAAGGGAAAUUUCAAGCAGAGAAUGCAGCGAAUGGUCUAUCCAGUUAAUUACACUAAGUACGCCCAGACAGUAACACCACGUGAUCAGUAUAAAAUCUUAAAGUCUGAACAACCAACAAAACAUGUGAAGUGGAACAUAAAUGAGAAUGAAAUAACUGAAAUUGAUGACGUCACUAGCACUAGCUACAUCAAAAUGGCGGUCACAACUUUUCAGUCCUCUUCCGAUGUGUCAGAGAAGAUAAAAAAGUCAAAAGCUACCGGCGGUGGAGCGGACGAGCGAGUUAUGUGGAACUCCAAGGCGGACUUCCUUCUCACCGUCAUCGGUUACGCCGUCGACUCCGCGAACGUCUGGAGAUUCCCCUACAUCUGCUACAAAAAUGGUGGAGGAGCCUUUCUCAUUCCAUAUCUGUUGAUGUUUUUCUUCGUGGCACUGCCCCUUUUCUACAUGGAACUGGCCCUAGGGCAGUUCCAGCGCGCUGGGGCGAUGAAUAUUUGGUUAAGAAUCAGUCCCAUGUUCAGUGGUAUGGGGUGGGGCGUGUGUGUGGUCUGUAUGCUGGUCGGCGCUUACUACAACACGAUCAACGCCUGGUCCUUCUACUUCAUUGUCGACUCGUUCAAGGCGGAGCUUCCCUGGGGUCGGUGCGGCCAGGAGUGGAACACACCGGACUGCAUGGACGAGAACAACGCCAGGAACAUCACCAACACCUCCAUCAGUUCGGCGGACGAAUACUUCGAACGACAGUUGUUGGAAUCUCACCGAUCUACAGGAAUAGACGACUUGGGAGGUGUCAAAUGGUCCCUCUGUCUCUGUCUGCUGUUGACAUUUCUCAUCAUCUACUUCACUCUUUGGAAGGGAAUUCAGCAAUCUGGAAAGAUGGCAUGGGUGACCGCUCUGUCUCCGUACGUCGUCCUGUUUCUGAUGCUGAUUCUCGGAUGCACGUUGCCAGGCGCGGCAAACGGAGUCAAGUAUUAUAUCGUACCCGACUUUGAACGUCUGCUUUCACCGGAAGUGUGGAUAGACGCAGCCGGACAGAUAUUUUUCUCCCUGGGUACAGGUAUUGGAGCUUUGAUUGCGCUAGGCAGCUACAACAAAUUCAACAACAACUGUCUUUUGGAUGCUGUAUUAACAAGCUCUAUCAACUGCGCCACAAGUAUAGUGUCUGGUUUUGCCGUUUUCUCGAUGCUUGGCUACAUGGCAGAAAUGCAACACACGACUGUAGACAAGGUUGCAACUGAGGGUCCUGGGAUGGUUUUUGUCGCCUGUCCUCUGGCGAUCGCCACCAUGGACGGUUCCCAGUUCUGGUCCAUCAUCUUCUUCAUCAUGCUCAUCACACUUGGACUCGGCAGCUCGUUUGGAGCUUUUGAAUCAGUCCUUACAGCUUUGUGCGACCAAUUUCCAAAACUGUCCGCCAACCGACCGAUUGUACUUGCUAUUGUAUUAACAUCAUGCUUCUUAAUUUCACUACCAAGCGUAACUUACGGGGGUUCUUACGUGGUUAAUCUGCUGGACCUGCACGCUGCACCCACACCACUCAUCUUCUUCUGUUUUAUAGAGGUCGUGGCAGUCAACUGGGUUUACGGGUGGCGUCGAUUUUCGUCAGACAUUGAGCAAAUGCUUGGCCAGCAACCUUCUAUGUUCUGGAAAGUGUGCUGGGUGGUCAUUUCACCAAUUUCUUUAUUGGUGUUACUUAUACAAACCGUUUAUAAGUACCCUGGCCUGAUGCUCGGGGAUUACGUCUACCCUGCGUGGUCAGUUACUCUUGGCUGGUGUCUAACGUCUGCUUCCAUAAUGUGUGUACCAGGUUUCAUGAUCUAUUCGUUCUUUGCUGCGAAGGGAAACGUGAAGGAGAAAAUCCGAAAGAUCGUUUAUCCAACUGAAUCCCCAAUACAGGUUAAAUAUUAGAAGAUGUGGAAAACUGAACUGGAAGUGAAAUAUGCAGAAGAAUAUGGAUACUGCUAUUCGAAAUAUAUUUAUAAUAAUACUAUAAUUUAUAAUAGUGCAUCAAUAUUUGCAAUGAAUCACCAGACUCGGUUGCAAUAUUACUAUACUUAUCAAUUUUACAAUUAUGUGUUUUUGUAUAGUCAGCUGUAUGCAUAUAUCUGUAUUAUUCACAAGAUGGAUAAAAUAUAUUUAAUCACA